AUGUGCUCGCAUCAUGCUCAGGAAAGACUCAACAAUCAAGGCCCCUCGCUUGGCGGGCCCGACUCCAAGGUCGUCAAACUGGAAGCUGUAUCCGCAGCAGCGGUUCAUGCGCCCUUGAGCUUCAGCCCCAGCUCGCUGAACCCGGCAAACAAGCUAACGGCCGGUUCCGGGGGAGGAGCAGGCGGCGCAAGCGGGAGCGCGCCAAAGCGGCCCAAAUCAAAGCUCCUGAACGGUCAUCUGCUGACCUACCCCAUCCAACUGGAGUCGACCGACAAAGAGCUCUACGCGAUCCUUGAGACCCAGGUGAUCCGGAUUGAAAACGUCCUCUCAAGCCUCGAGGUGCGCUCCCUCAGGCCCAUCUAUGACAUCCUGUUGGCCCUCGGCGACGCCGUGAUGAUCCAGCCUAACGUGAUAUUACAUGCGCUUGAGUCGUUUGGGCUUACGUCCAAUGCUGCCGUCUUGUUUUGA